AAAAAAAAAAAAAAAAAGAUGUAGUAGCUUGACAACAUCGCUCUCCUAACAUUGGAGCAUAGCAGUCUUGUACACCUAGUAGGCAAUUUACUAUUCUGUUUUUCUUAUUUUUUUAUUUUCUCACUUUACUUGGUGUUUCAAUAUUUGUAUUCCAAUUUCUUUUUCAUAUUUGUUAUUACGCACAUUUAAAAUAAAUUAUUAUUACCAUGGGAUUAUAUGAAGAAAUCAAAGAAGAAAUUCACUCUUCACUUUUAAGUUUAACAAAUAAAAAAGAAAAAAUAACUUGGAAUGCUUUUAUUCAAGAUAUACAGCAGACAAUCCUUAGCAAAUACAAUAAUCAAAAUAUCGAUUCGUAUAAAAAAAGCUGGAAACAUUGUUUUAAGACUGCAGCUAAAUAUCUUGAAUUACAAAUAGAUCACCACCAGCGUAAAGAAGGAGAUAAAUGGAAGGAACUGAUAGUAAACAGCCUCAGUACAUACACACCUACCCAAAUUUCAAGCAUUAGAACUACGUUUUCUAAAAGUACCUCAACUCUUGAAUACCAGAAAAUGUUAACUAAUAGUGACAUUAUUCUACUUCAAAAUAACCAUAAUAAAAUUACCAAAAAAUGGUCUUUGAGCUCUGGAAGAAAUGUAGAAGACGUUUUGUUCAAUGCAUCAAAAUGUUUUAAAUUCGAACACCCUGGUCAUUCUUAUAUCCUUGAUUUGAAUGAUGAGGUUUGGAAGAAUUAUUUUUCAAGUGAAGAGAUGGCUGAACUUCACUCUCAUAAGGACAACGCUCUAAUCGAGCAGCUUCCUAUUGAAUUAAAUGAGAUGCUACAGAAGUUAAAUGGAAAGGCCACAUUUAGGGAGAUUUAUGACGUAUAUCAGAAUGUUGAAGCUGACCCUGUGGAGGAUAUAGACAAGUUCUGGAUUAAGCAAAGCAUCCUUAAUUAUGUACUAUUGUUUGUUGACAGUGACGAACAUGAUGAUUAUGGGAAAGAACAGGACUUGUUGCACGGUGUUUACGGCUUUAUCAAGCAGUCUAAAAGACUGAGCAAAACUAAAGUUAUAUCAAACACUGGAAGUCAAUCCUCUGCUGACUGCAAGAAUAGUUUGAGAUCAAUCGGCUCAAUUGACAAGAUCUGUAAACAAGCUCCAGGUGAUCGUCCCGACCUUUGUUUCACCUAUUUAUCAAAUGAAAUUGGGUGUCUUGAAAUUGGUUUGACCAACCGUGGCACCAAUGGUACAAAGGAGAUCAAUGAAAACAAUAUCAAGAUACCUAUAAUGCUGAAAAGCUUUCAUUACAGAAUUGCAACUCAAUACAAUAUUUCAGCUAAUAAAACAAAGGUUAUUGGUUUCAUUAUAAGUGGAAUGUAUAUAUCAGGAUUGGUAAUGACAUUUAAUAAUGGCUCAGUUUCGUUGAUAUCACGAUCGAGACGAAUGAAGAUGCCAGAAACUGUAGCUGAAAUUCCACUUCUUCUUCCACCUGUGUUGAAGCUCAUAUACAACGCAUCUCAAACUAUGAAGGGAACAAUCGACUUCAUCAAGGAAAUCUUUUUAAAUGUUUCCCUUGAUGAAUUAGAUGUACCAUAUUUCCCCCCUUGUUUUGCCGUUUGUAAUUUAAAUAAGAAAAGAAAAACUUCAAUAAGCAAUUAAUUUAUUUUUUAAAAAAUUAAACUUAUCUGAAUCAUUUUUAUAAACAGUCGUAUUAUAAUGUUUUUAAACAAUGGUAUUAAAUAA